UUUUGUAGAUAUUAUGAGAACUCAACAGUUCAACAAAUAGUGUCCAAAAGACUUUCCAUAAACCAACCCUCCUAAAGAAGACAUUUUGGAAACCGGAAAAAAUCCUAUCUUUCUUGUUUAAGGGUUUUUGUUCUCUACUUUGAGAGAAAAAAAAAAGCUGCAGCAAAAGGAGUUAAUUAUCAGUACUUAUUUCCCUUUCCUUGUGUACUGUGUAUCUUUUUUGGUCAGCUUACAGUUAUAUCAGGUUCUUGUUCCUUAUUGUAGAAGGUAACAAAACAGUUGAGCAAAUCAUCUUCUGUUGCUUAAAGUCUAAAACUUUCUAUCUGAAGGCUGAAGAUCUUGUAGACGGGGAAAAAGUUAUGGGUUAUAUAUGUGAAUUCUGCGGAGAACAACGAUCGAUUGUAUAUUGUCGAUCUGAUGCAGCGUGCUUAUGUUUGUCAUGUGAUCGAAAUGUCCAUUCCGCAAAUGCCCUUUCGGAACGUCAUUCGAGGACACUUAUAUGUGAAAGAUGUAAUUCACAACCAGCUGUUGUUAGGUGCAUCGAGGAAAAAGCGUCGCUUUGUCAGAACUGUGAUUGGUCAGGUCAUGCUAGUAGUUCCAGUUCAGGUUCUAGGCACAUGAGGCAAGCGCUUAGUAGUUACACGGGGUGUCCUUCCGCUGCUGAACUUUCUAAUAUCUGGUCAUUUCUCUUAGAUGACCCUUCAAUUGGUGCUAGCUGUGAACAGAGAAUGGGUACAAUGACCAUCAAGGAUAACCGCUCGAGAGAUGUUCAAGGUCCUCAAGGGAAGGAAAACUCACAAAAUAUGCGUGCUGCAGUCGAAGUGAAUGACAUGGAUAUUUCAGAAAAAUCAAAUCUUUUGGUGGAAUCAUCUAUGCCUACUCUUGACAACAAGCAGCAUCAUGUGGAACCGCCUAUUGGAUCCUCGAAUUCUGCUUUGUCAAAGGGAGGCUAUAUGGGAGCAAAAGGCUCUAGCUUAUUUGAGGAGGAUCCUUAUUGUGACAAUCUUAUUAUGGAUGCGGUGGACUUGAGUAUUGAGAAUUACGAAGAGCUAUUUGGUGCUUCUCUUAAUUAUCCAGAUGAACUAUUUGAGAAUGAAAACUUCGAUGGUUUAUUUGAGAUGAAGGACAUAAAAAGUGCUGACUCCAACUGCCGAGGUGCUAAUGCUGCCGAGGGAUCACCUAUUGCACGGGUGAACAUGGUGCAGCCAACAUGUAGCAACGCAGAAUCUGCAGAUUCUGCGAUGAGCUGCAAGACGGAUUCUAUCCUUUACUUUGCUAGACAAUCUAGCCUUUCAUUUUCCAACCAAACUGGAGAGAGCACCGCUGGAGAUCACCAAGACUGUGGAGUCUCCCCAAUGCUACUAAUCGGAGAGCCGCCACCGUGGGGUCCUCCUUGCCCUGAACCUUCGUCGCCAUCGACUAGCAGGAUCAAUGCUGUGUUGCGCUACAGGGAAAAGAAGAAAACAAGGAAAUUUGACAAGCGAGUGAGAUAUGUUUCCCGCAAGGCAAGAGCUGAUGUCAGAAGGCGUGUGAAGGGACGGUUUGUCAAGGCUGGUGAUGCUUAUGACUACGAUCCACUCCCGACCAGAAGCUAUUGAUUGUAAACUUUCUUAUCAUACAUAGGAUUGCUAUUGUUUCUGAGCAAGGAAGCUCAAGCUCGAAAGUAGAUACCUUCGCUUCACCAAACAACUAGGAAAAAUUACGAACAUGCCUCCUUUUGCCAUUUCUUGAGCAGACGACCAGCCUUCUUUCCAGAGGGCGAUCAAGAUUCACCUUUCUCGACUCAAAUUAUGAAUGCAUAGAGUACGCGGGACUUUCUCUACCUUGCUUCUGUUCUUGCAACUCUAACUUGGUGACAUCACACAUUUAAAGUGCUCGCAAAUUUAGCUGUACAUUCGUGUCCGAUCAGGAUUUGUAUUGCUUGGCUAUUAUGUUAACUUUUCAUGUAUAUUCUAGUCGGUGUGUAGAAAUUAAGGGCUAUAAAGUUCGACGAAAGCUUGUUUUUGUAAACUAGUUCAUUUUUGCCUGAUAAAAUGUGGAGAUGGAGUAUGGUUUGAGAGGAUCAACAAUGAUACUGCAAUAAUCCUCUCAUAUUUUACAUGUUAUGUAUUUUUGGUAGUUACAUGAGUCGAUGCAAUAUGUAUUAUCAUCUUAAUUAUUGUC